AUGUCCGGCAAUACAGGUUGCACCGUCUACAUAGGCAAUCUGGAUGAGAGGGUUACAGAAAGGGUCUUGUAUGAUAUAUUAAUUCAAGCUGGACGAGUGGUGGACUUGCACAUUCCCAAAGAUAAGGAAACUGAGAAACCUAAAGGUUUUGCCUUUGCAGAGUUUGAAACUGAGGAGAUUGCAGACUAUGCUGUCAAACUUUUCUCAGGCCUUGUAACACUGUACAAACGGACACUGAAGUUUGCGUCCGCUAAUAAGGAUAAAAGCACCACUAAUAGUUCUCCCGCUACGACACCCACCUCAAAUUCUUUUCAACGAUCAAGGCCUUACUCCGAGCAAAUAAUUAGUUCAGAAAAUUUUCAGCAUUCCCCUAGACAAGCAAUAAAUUAUUCUCAAGCUCCAUCUCCUCGUCGUGGAACGGAUCAAUCUAGUAGGUAUGGAUCUCACAACAGUGGCAACCAAUAUGAUUACAGUCGGAGAGCUUUUGGGGAGGCAUUGGAUAGCGCUAACGGUUCCAGCGGUUCUAGGUCACGCCGUCCUGAUGGAAUUAGCCCGGUCUCUUAUUUACAUCACUAA